AUGGCGCAGCUUGCUCUGGGUCGGGCCUUCCAAUGGCAAAGCACAUCGCGCCGUUCGUUAGCUGCCUUUUCACAAAUUCGCAAUGCCUCUCAGUCCGCCAUUCCCUCAUUCACUCCCACAGCCUCCGAUGAAUUGAACCAGGCUCUCGACCGCUGGCGACAAGACCUCUUCAUUCCAUUCGGCCUCCCAAAGCGACAGCGAACAAGCAUGUUCAAGGAGAAGCACGCCCGUCGACUCGAAGAUGAACCUAUCACAGUGAAUAUUAGCGAGACCGAGCAGUACACCCUACGACCCUUGAAAUUGGCCGAAUUGCCCAAGAGCAAGGAGAUUAUCGACGUUCUGCGCCUAAUGGAGGCCGCCAACGAUUACAAAAACCUCGUGCCGUUCAUGAGUGGACUUUGGAACUCUCAGAUGACUGUCUCCCCUCUCGGUGGCAAUACCUCGUCCGCAAGACUGGAACUAUCGGCCGGAUCGCCCUCAUCGUGGAAUGCGCCAGACAAGGAAGCCGCACCGGACUCUCUUUAG